AUGAAGAAGAUCAGUUUGAUACUACGUAAAUGCAAGAGUCUGUCAAGGCAACUAGGGAGAUCUUCAUCUUACAGUAGCCUAAGGUCCAAAUCUACCAGAGAAGAUUUAUGGGGUCAUCAUGAUCAUAAGCAAGAAGAUGAAAACCAUGCGACUAUAUUUGUUGGAAGCACAAGGAAGAGGUAUGUCAUCAGCUCCAAGUAUUUGAGCCAUCCUUUAGUGAAUGCUCUCAUCGAGAAGUCAAAGCAAAAGCCGGGAGAGGAUAGCAUUUUGGUGGUGAGAUGCGAGGUUGUCUUUUUCGACCACCUUUUAUGGAUGCUUGAAAAUGCAGAUCCAAGUGUUAAUUUUGGUUCUUUGGAAGAGCUAGCUGAUCUCUACAUGUUCUAG